CAGGUACUAGGUCAGAAAGCGUAACGGCCGUACAUACAAACAAGCAGAAUAAAAGUAUAGAUGUGUAUAUAUACAUAGUAUUACUUUGUAGUGUUCAAAACAGUCAAUUAACUUUGUGAACUGCACAAACAAACUACACCCUUACCUAAGUCAGUAAGUGUCAAGAUGCCCAAACGAGUUUUGAAAUCAUUGUAUUCACGGAAAUCAAAAAUAGCCAAGAGGAUGGCAGAAAGAAGAUCGCAAGAAACGGCAAAAGAAACUGCUGCAAGACAAGCUCAAGAUAGGGAAAGGAUAGCUAGAAGAAGAGCACAAGAAACAGCUGAUGAAACUGCUGCUAGACAGAGUCAAGAUAGGGAAAGGAUAGCUAGAAGAAGAGCACAAGAGACAGCUGGUGAAACUGCUGCCACACAAAAAGGAAAUCUUGGCAGAAUGACAAAAAGAAGAGUGAAAGAAUUGGUUGCAGAAAUUGCUGCUAGAAGAGAACAAAGUAGAGAAUAUCAAGCUCAAAGAAGGGUUGCUGCUGCUGAAUGGAGACCAAGAAUGUAUUUCAAAACAGCUAAUGAUUAUGAUCCAAAUCAUGAUUAUGAAUCAGAGUCUGCAUAUGAUGUUGGAAAAAGAUCUAUAGAAUGUGAUUUUUGCAGGACAAAAAGGUAUCCCAAUGAAAAGGCAGGACUGUGUUGUGACAACGGCAAAGUUGAAUUGCAACCUUUGAGAGAAUCACCACCACCUCUUAAUGUACUCCUUCAGGGAAAUAUUGAAGAGUCUAAAAACUUCCUAACCAAUAUUAGAAAAUAUAACAAUGUUUUCCAAAUGACCUCUUUUGGAGCUGGAACUAUCAUCACAGAACCAGGAUACCAAACUCUUGGUGAGACUUCAGUUGAAUAUGAAAUGAGUGUCACUGAUGCAGUAAUGGAGGUUUUAGAAAUAAAAGUUGAACCCUUUUAUGAUGAUGAACAAAAUGCUCUAUUGAAUAUGGAACUAAUGGAAAAUGAAGAAAAAAACAUAACAUCAUCUAGUGCAACUGUGGAAGCUUUGUCCUUAUGUAAAGGGGCUUCACAUGCUGUCCAUAGGUCUGUUGUACCAGAAGAGGGACAAGAAAAUAACUGUGUUGAAGUAACACGAAAAACUGAGAACACUUUGGUCAAAGUGAAAACUGAGCCACCUGGUGAGUUAUGAGAAGAUGAGUCUGUUUUAGAGUUCAGUGAGAGUGAUGAUGAUCUAGAUAGUUCUAAAGAUGAAAUUUUGAGAAUGGAAAAAGAAAAUGAAUUUCAAGAGAGUUGCAUCAACUGGACUUUUAUGUUAGAAUAUACAUUUGGUAAGUAGAGAUAUCAACACAAAAACAUUGUUCAAGAACACAUAUUUAAAAAAGAGAUGUUUUUUCAUUUAAUUAACCAUUUAAGAAUUUCAGAAUCAGGAAACAUCAUCUGCUGGACACAGAACUAACUCUAAGGUAGAAAGAUUGUUUGUUGGUUCUUCUACCAAAGUUUCUUUUAAUAAAUGCUCCCAACUAUAUCUUCAGAGAAAACUAUAUCUGAUUGAUGGGAUUACCUUGGUUACAAAAAUAUUAUAUAUGGAUUUUAGGUUUAGUGGUAAACCAAAAGUCUGUUAGGUAAAGAUCAACUAAAGUGAGAGCCGUGCAUCUAUCAGUUGUAAUAGCAGGAGGAUGCAGAAGCUGUGGUUUAACAGCGUAUCCUGUAGUCAACCAUUUCAUAAUCUUUAUUUAAUUCUUUUUGUGUGUGUGUAGCUUAAUUGCAACUAUGGAUGGAUGGAUUUUAAUUUAUUUGGUAUAAUAAUGAGUGUAAAGUAAUUCUACUCAUUAGUUUGUCAGUUUUAAAACAACAGUCAUUAUCUUUUAUACCAUUAUUAUUUGUUACCUAAUGUAUUGUUGGCAUUGUGAGAAACAGAAAACUGAGUUAAAUUGUUUCAGCAAUGAAAUUUGCAUAUAAGCUGAGUCAGAAAUAAGUGUUAUAUAAAUGCAUGUUUGUUGAUUGUAUGUAAGGAAUUAAAAUAAGUCUGUAUAUACUUUUACACCAACCAUAAGUAUUUAAAUGUAGUUGAUAAACUACUUUGAUAUUCUGGUAAAAUACAGUGUAGUCAUGACUACAGGAAUGAAGGUUUUAUCCAGUGCCAUGUGUAUACUGAUUUUUGUGACAAGGACAUAAAGUUAACAGUUUUGCCUAACACAUGAAGGUGACUAUAAAUGUAACAUACAUAAAGAAAGGUGAUUCUUCUAACUUAAAUGUAUAUGUUUUAAAUAUAGUUUAAAAUCUAACAUCUUCAUUACCCAUUGAAGCCAUCUCCAAGCAUUAUCUAACAGUAAAACUUAAUAAAAAUCAUACUUCUUCUCUCAAAAUAUUAAUUCAUUGUCAAAUAGUUAUUGCUACAUAUAAAAUAUUGGCUGAAAGUGUAACAUUAUUUAUUUAAAUUUUUUUAUAUGGAAAAAGUCAGUUGUAUUGCUACAAGAGUAUAUAUAUAUAUAUAUUAUAUGUAUACAACAAUAAAGUUAUAAAUCAUGGGAAUGUUUAGAAUUUGUUAUGUACACAGACAUGUAUCAAAUAGGCUUUACUAUUCAAGUUCUGUACCACCGAUAACUCUUUCAAUAGCUAGAUUUCAUGGUAACUUUGUGAAUUUUUUGUAGGUGUCCAUUUGGUGCUGUUUUUGUGUUGAUAGAAUGACUUCCUUUGUAAUGACAAGAAAGUUUUGUAGUGUGAUCUGAAUUUUGCAGUAAAAGCAUGUUUUGAAGCUAUGUAGCAUAUAAACAAGCUGCUCCCCUCAAAAACAACAACAAAAAACAGUAUGUUCUUACUGCAAUGAUUACAAAUUAUACAUGUGAACUUGUAUAAAGUUUUAAAAAGCAUCGUCGUAUGUAGAAAAAACAUCAUUUACUUACACUGCUAUGAUUUCCAUAACUUAUACUGUGGUGUCACAUCUUUCUAUAGACUUAGUAAGGUAUUAGUGUAACUGUUGUAUAAAAACUGUAGAAAUGAUACAUGGAAUUCAAAAGAUAAUUAUGUACAGAAUAUCAACAAACCAGAGUUUAGUGUAAAGUGGCUAUAACAAAUGAAAUGUGUUAUUAAAUUUGCGUUUGUAUUUAUUUAAGUAUGUAAUAAAGAUUUAUCUCAAAUUUAAUGAUUUUUAUGUAUAUACAUAUAACUUGUUAAGCCAGUCUUCCAAAACAGGGAGAAGUGGCAUCUUUUUCUAUGUGCCAACAUUUUAUGUUAUUAUGGGUACAAAUAUAACAACAUCAUGACGUUUUUUAUAUGUUUUACCCUGAUUAUUUGCUAUCUUUCUUUAUUGAGUUAUAUAUUGGAAAACUCUUUAUGUAGAUUAUCAAUGUUUAAUGAUGUCCUGGAGUUGUUUAACUGUUACAGUUACCUCUACAUCUAUAGAAAGAAUGCAUUCAGGAAAAUUCAACUCAAAGUUCUUAUGUUGCAUGUCUUUGGAAGUGUUCCAGCAACCUUAUGAAUGUGAGAAAAAAAUGUUUUCCCAAACCACGGACACUACAGUUUCUGUUAUGUACCUUUGCCACAAUUCUAACAUCCUCAGAAAUGUGAGAUAGGAAAAGCCUUCACAGCCAACCAAUCAAUACCACAAUUCUGACAAUAUUCUGUUUUUAAAAAAUAGAUACUUCACAAAUUAAUAAAGGAAAUAUUGUUUAUUUAGGAUUAUUUCCGUUACAUGUAUAUGUUUUUGUGUGUGUUUAU